AUGGACAACGCCCCCUGCCAUAACCAAGCCGUAGUAUUCUCCAAUGUCAAAUUGGUACAGCUGCCUCCGAACUGUCCUUCAAUCUUACAAUCAAUGGAUCAGGGCGUGAUUUGGUCCUUCAAAUAUGAGCAACGUAUCAUGAAAGUCGAGGUGGACAUUCUCAUGGCCAUUCAUUUGGUCAAGAAAGCUUGGGUAUCUGUGCACCCGCACGUAUUGAUCAACGCUUUCAUGAAAGCUGGGUUCAAAUCCACAUUGAUUCAGCCGGUGAUGCAGCCACCAGAGGAUAAAUGCGACUUGAUCGAGGAAUUUACUCAUUAUGUGUCUAUUGAUGACCAUCCUUUUGAAGAGCAUCGAUGA